AUGAUGCCGUCCCUUGUGUUCUUUGUGCUGGCCAGCUGGACUGACCCAGGCAUUGUCACACCCGAGAAUGUGGAGCAGUACAGUCGGCAGUACAGGUGCAUAGGGCGCAUGGAUCACCAUUGCAUCUGGUUGAACACCUGCAUCGGCACCCGGAACCUGCGAUGGUUCCUGGCCUUCCUGGCAUCCACUGCUGCCAUUUGCAUCUAUGGCGCUGUGCUGGGGGCCAGGAUCAUGCAUGGACACAUGGGUGUCGAAGGCGCGUGGAAGCUGGCCAGGGUACGGCGGGGCUCUGGGCGUCUGGAGUACGUCUCGGACUCCGCGCUCACCACGCUGCGAUACGUACUGGAGCGCUACCCGGUGCAGUUCUGCCUCACCUUCUUCCUGGGCGUCAUGGGCUGGGUGCUCACAGGUUUCCUGGGGUACCACAUCUUCCUCACCCUCAACGGGACCACCACCAACGAGGCAUCCAAGUGGCGGGCGCUGCGCAAGGACCUGGCGCGGCAGGCGGCGUUCGACCCGGCCGGCCUCCACCUGGACCUCGCUCCCGACAACGCCUACGACUGGGGGCCGGGGCGCAACCUGCUGGAUGCACUCGUGCCCCGCGUGCCCUGCGCAAAGGACUCCAAGCUGUGCUGA